AUGAAGCGUCAGCGCCAGGACGCUGAAGCGGCCUCGCCAGCGGAGGCAGCGCGGGGCAACUCACUGCCUCGGAGAAAGAAAGUGCGGUCGCUUGGCCUGUACACGGGGAUUCCUGAGCCAGCGCUGCCUCUGCCGGUGACAGGCGACGAAGAGAUCGACGAGCCGGAGGCUCAAUGGAUUCUCGCGUGGAUUAAGAGCGGGCAGGAGCUUGGCAAUGCCCUCCUAACACUGGACACGGUGACGUUCUCUGCGAAGCUCGUCGCCCUCGCGAUCGACCUGCAGAGAGAUGUGUGGAACGCGUCGGCGGUCGACAUGGUCCCGGAGAUGGCCUGUGCUGCCUGGGCAGGCUUCAUCAAGGGCUGGGUCCAGGACGGCGCGGGCGUGGCCGGCGCCAGGUCGCCGAUGCACAGCUCCGCGAUGAUGUACAGCGACGUGCAGGGGCAGGCGGGCGCGCUCGUCGCCGCGGACAUGCGCAAGGCUGUGUCCAACUUGCAGGUUGCGCUGGCGGUGGCGUCCGUGGGGAUCGCCGACCCGCAGCAACUCGCGGCGUGGCGCGAAGCCGCCGACAGCGUGCUCGCACCGAAGUCGUUCGUCGGCGAGCUGCACCUCGGACUGCCGUCGAUGGCCCUCGAGGACCCGCGGCUGCUGGUGCUGUGCGGGACGACGAACAACGCCGCCACGCUCCCGCUGUCGCCGGAGCCCGAGACGGUGUGCAUGGCGCGGUACCAGGUGCUGUCGACGUGGCCCGGGCGGCUGCGGGACGCAGUGCGGAUCGCGUGCGAGCAGGGCUGCGCGUGGUUCGUCGCGAAGAUGCUCUUCGGCAUCCGGAACAGCGCGUCCGAGUUCCAGGCGUCGCGGUUCCGCGACGUGUGCCAGUACCUGGCGGAGGGCCUGGCGAGCCCCGAGAGCACCGCGGACCUGGUGUUCGCGUGCAUCUCCGAGGCCGCGGGCCUGGAGUCCUCGGACGCGAGCCUCGCGUCGAUCCGGUCGUCGACGUUCAAGCCGGACGCGGCCAAGGUGAUGCCGUGGAAGGUGGGCGUUGCGUUCGCGGCGGCGGUGUGCGGCGUGACGGGGAUCCGCGAGGCCGCGCUCGCGAGCGCCGCGCCGCCGGCGCAGCCGUGCGUGUGCUCGACCGGCACGGCGGUGUCGUCGCUGGCGUCGGAGGUGAUGAUUUGCCUUGCCAAGCUGCUGGCGGCGCUGCUGGGCGCCGCGAACGUGCUCCCGGCGGCGACGACGCGGCGGCGGAACUCGAACAAGCUGGAGCCGCCGGGGUGGCCGUGCACGGGCCAGGCGGCGUUCGACGCGUGCGAGCGGUCGGACCUGUGGCGCGGCAUCAAGGACCACCUGGUGCCGGCGAUCGAGAUCGAGGAGAACGCGCGGGACAUCGCGGGCGGGAAGGAGACGCAGCCGACGGGCACGACGGACAUGGCGGCGUCGUCGCUGGACCGGGAGAGCGCGCUGGCGAUCGCGGGGCGCGUGCUGGGCACGGUGGAGGGCGAGGGGCGCGGGAAGAGCGACGCGUGGGGCGGCGGGGUGGACGGGAGCGCGCUGGCGAUGUGGCGCGCGACGUGGGUGCUGUGCCUCGCCGGGGGGUUCACGGUCCCGAUCUCGUCCGUCGUGGCGCGCUGGGAGUCGAAGUUCAAGGACGACUUGUUCUCCGGCGUGGUCGGGGCGCAGGUGCGCAACCAGGUCAACUUCUGCAUGCGGACGCUGCUCCAGCAGCACGCGAACUGGAUACCGUUCGCGGCGAAGACGAUGCGCGUCACGCUGAAGCAGUGGCCGCUCACGCCCGAGGACAUGAUGGUGGGCGCGGACGCGGACUUCCUGCCGACGCCGAUGAACGCGCGGGCGUCGCUGCGGGCGUGGCGGCAGGCGCCGGCGAAGGGCGCGGCCGCGGGGGCGCGCGCGGACAGCCGGCCGCGGGCGCCGGUCGAGCGCGCAUGCAACGUGGUGGAGACCAUGGGGAACAUGGCCGCGUGGCUGGCGGCGAUCCAGCAGGGCGCGGGGGAGGGGCGCGCGGCGCUCGACACGGUCAUGGCGCUCGCGAAGGAGCCGACGCUGUGCGUCACCAGCACCGACGACACCGAGGCGGGGAUGGCGCGCCCGUUGCCGGCUGGGCGCCCAGCGCCAAUGGCGCUCGCCGUCUGCGUCGCGGUGCUGAUGCGCAUCCGCGAGGGCGCGACGCAGUUCAACGACCUCCUGAACGUCAACUGCGGCCUCAGCGACCACGGCGACUCGCGCGUGCUGCGCGACUUCGAGCAGAGCGUGGAGUCGCUUCUCGGGCGCACCAUGGCGGCGCUCGCGGGGCCGAACUCGCCGCACUGCCGCCUCCUGUCAUGCUUCUCGCCGAUGGGCUGGGAGGUGCUGAUGCUCGCCGUGGCCAGGCACGGCCGGUCCUCGAUCCACAGCCUAGCCGCCACCGCAGCGCUGCUGGUCCGCGUGGGUGCAAUGGACGCCCGGCCGCUCGUGAAGGCGCUCACGGAGCCCACGCAGAGCCGUGCCGUCACGCCGGGCGCCGACGCCGCGCUCGCGCCCGUCGCCAUCGCGCUGUACGAAGCGCUGGCGGGGCGCGUGCGGAGCCCGGUGCCCCUCGACCGUGCCGUGCGCGCGUGCAUGGACCCCGCCGCGGCGGCGGAGCUGGGAGAGAAGGGCGCGGAUGGGCCGCACGCGAACGGGUCCGCGGCGGGCGCGUUUCAGGCGCGUCGCAGCAACGGAGGGGGGGGGGUCCCGGGGGGGGUCCUGGAGGGGUUCGAGUGCACGUGCGGCACGUGCGAGGCGGUGAGCGGGGCGCUGCGCGGCGCGCACAUCGAGCACAUGAGCUGGCGGCUGCCAACGCGCGACGCGUCGCACGUCAUGCGCAUCUUCACGGAGACGCCCGCAUUUGCAAGGGGGGACUUAUUGGUGGCGUGCCACCCGGUCGGAGGGGGGAUGUACGACGUCAAGGCGCACAAGCGGGAGGCACACGCGCAGUUUGUGUGGGCCUCGCAGCACGAGGAUCUCCGCGCCCUCAAGGACAUUGAGCGGUGGGUGCAGGCCACGCAUCUGGACGUGGAGUUCCACGUCGGACCCGACAUGAUCCCGGAGACUGCGAAAGCCGCGACCAACGCCGCGGGGAAGAUCGUGCCGUUCGACUGGUCGAAGCGGCCGGCGCCGGAGCAGGACGGGGGGGAGUCGCCGAAGAGGGACCAGGACAAGGAGAAGGAAGACGCGCGUGACGCUGAGGCGGGGGCGGCGCCGCAGAGGGGCGGGAGCGACGGCGAGGACGAGGUGGACCUGUUUCUGUGA